GGUGACGUCACUGUGACAUCACCGCUACGCCCGCGCCCGGUUGGUCCGCGCGGCCGCCCGUGCCGGGGGGGGGCAGCGCGCGGACACCGCCGGAGAUCACAGCGCAGACCGGCUUCUGGCACCACCGAGCCAAACUGGAUUUCCACCAGUGACCUGUAAGGUUUUUCCCAUCCCAAGAGAGCAGCAAGUCCCGUGUGGGCACGUGCCCUCGGCCAGCAUGACGAGCGAGGUGGUGGAGAACGAGUUUGAGUUCUACUCCAAGGCAGAGAAGUACUGGAAGGACGUGCCCGCCACAGUGGAUGGCAUGUUGGGGGGCUACGGCCACAUCUCCAGCAUCGACAUCAACAGCUCCAGGAAGUUCCUGCAGAGGUUUCUGCGGGAUGGCCCCAACCGGACGGGAACGACCCGUGCUCUGGACUGCGGGGCCGGCAUCGGCCGGAUCACCAAGCGGCUGCUGCUGCCCCUCUUCAAGACAGUGGACAUGGUGGACGUGACAGAGGACUUCCUCACCAAGGCCAAGAGCUACCUGGGCGAGGAGGGCAGGCGGGUGCGCAACUACUUCUGCUGCGGCCUCCAGGACUUCAGCCCCGAGCCCAACUCCUACGAUGUCAUCUGGAUCCAGUGGGUCAUCGGACACCUCACCGACAACCACCUCUCUGACUUCCUGAAGCGGUGCCGGGCCGGCCUGCGGCCCAACGGCAUCGUGGUCAUCAAGGACAACAUGGCUCAGGAGGGGGUGAUCAUGGACGAUGUGGACAGCAGCGUCUGCCGGGACCUGGACGUGGUCCGCAAGAUCAUCCGCCGGGCUGGGCUGCACCUGCUGGCCGAGGAGCGCCAGGAGAACUUCCCUGACGAGAUCUACCACGUCUACACCUUCGCCAUGAGAUGAGGGCAGCGGGAGGGGGUCUCUCCCGUGUCGUGACUCCCCCUUCUCUGGGGCUGGUGACAAGGACGGGACUUUGUCUUCCAGGUUGCUGCUGUCUGUGAAAAGAGGUGUUUGCCAAAUACAUUUUCCUGCUGUUGCACUUCUGCA